GAAGCAGCCUGAUGUGAUGUGUUGUGUUCUGGACUUCCAGGGCUUUGGUCAGAGUGGUGGGUGCUCCUCCAGCAAGCAAUGGACCAUGCCAGAGCAGCAAUUUCUAACUUGUUUGGUGGCGAGCCCAUGUCAUACACGCGCUUCAGCAUUGCUCGGCAAACAGACGGCGACAACAGCCACGUGGAGAUGAAGCUGUCUGCUGAUGAUGAGGAAGGAGGGGAGAUGGGGAGGCAGGAGAACCUGCAUACCACCAUGGGGCAGCCACGGAGGACCGGCAAGAACCUCUGCUUCCUAAUCAUCGCAGCUGUACUCCUGCUUUUGAUUGGGUUUCUCAUCGGCUACUUGAGUUACCGUGGACGAAUGCAGAUGGCUGGAAAGUGUCUAGAUGGAAGUGGCAGGUGUGAGAUAACUCCUGCUGCUUCUUACUUAACGGAUGCUGAUGAAAUGGAGGAAGAGAUUCCAGAAUCGCGUGUCCUUUACUGGCCUGAACUUAAAGACUUCUUUUCAAAAAGGCUGUCAGUCAGACGUCUUGAAGACAACUUGAGGUCAAGAGCAAAUAGCAGAUCUUUUGAAGCUGGCCAGACUGAAGAUGAGAAUUUGGCCACCUACAUUCAUGACCAGUUCAACAAAUUCUUCUUGGAUAAAGUGUGGAAUGAUGAGCACUAUAUUAAACUGCAGGUCAGAGGAAGCAGCAACAACAAAGUGUCUCUUCUGGAAGAUGGUGGAAGCAUAAGCGAGAGUCCUGAUGCAUAUGUGGCAUACAGCAAGAAUGGCUCUGCCUCUGGCAAACCGGUCUAUGUGAACUAUGGACAAAAAGAAGACUUUCAGCAACUGCAAAAUUUGGGUGUUUUGAAUGAAUCUGUUGUCAUCGUCAGAGCUGGUAAAAUUACCCUUGCUGAGAAGGUUGCAAAUGCCAAAGAGGCAGGAGCAGUUGGUGUCCUGAUGUACAUGGAUCCAUCUGAUUACAAGGGCACGAAUCAACUUGCUCCUUUUGGGCAUGCCCACCUUGGCACUGGAGACCCUUACACUCCAGGCUUCCCUUCCUUCAACCACACCCAGUUCCCCCCAGUCAAAUCUUCGGGAUUACCCGAGAUUGCUGUUCAGACCAUCUCCAGUGAUGCAGCAAGCCGCCUGUUCAGCAAAAUGGAUGGGGGCCCAUGUCCUGCGGAAUGGAAAGGUGGGCUCAUCAGAUGUGCAUUGAUGUCGAGCAGUAAAGACAAUAAGACAGUGCAACUGAAAGUGAACAAUGUCAUGGUGGACAGGAAGAUUCUGAACAUCUUUGGUGCUAUCAAGGGGUUUGAAGAACCAGAUAGAUAUGUUGUGAUUGGGGCUCAGAGAGACUCCUGGGGCCCAGGAGCAGCCAAGGCUGGUGUUGGAACUGCCAUGUUGUUGGAACUUGCUCAAGUGAUCUCAGAGGUGGUGAAAAUGGAUGGCUAUAAACCAAAGCGAAGCAUCAUCUUUGCUAGCUGGAGUGCAGGGGAAUAUGGAGCUGUGGGUGCCACUGAAUGGCUGGAGGGAUACUCUGCCACGCUGCAUGCCAAAGCCUUCACUUACAUUAACCUGGAUGCGGCUGUUCUAGGCUGGCAAAAUGUCAAGAUUUCUGCCAGCCCAAUGCUGUACUCGCUAUUGGAGAGAACCAUGAAAGGGGUGUCGGAUCCAGCGGGUGACAGAAACCUGUUGAACAGAGUUGGCUCGGACUGGGUAAAAGCAGUCGUUCCCCUUGGCCUGGGUGAUGCAGCAUUUCCUUUUCUGGCAUACUCGGGAAUCCCCGCUGUGUCCUUUGGUUUCUAUGAUAGAGGUGAGGACUACUCCUUCCUGGGCACCACUCAGGACACUGUGGAGAACCUGAAGAAGAUUCCCAGACUCUAUGAUCUUAUGCGUGCUGCUGCAGAAGUGGCUGGACAUGUUGCUCUCAGGCUGACCCAUGAUCAUGAGCUCUUCCUGGACUUUGAGAGAUACAGUGAUGAGCUGCUAAUGUUCCAGGAGAAGUUUUUGGAAUAUGAUCAGGAAGUGAAGGAGCUUGGGCUGACCUUGGACUGGCUGUUUUUUGCCCGUGGAGACUUCCAGCGAGCUGUAGAUGGACUAAGAAGAGACAUCGCACAGAGUGAUAGGGAAAACAAGGUCAUGCGCAGAGCCCUGAACGACAGGAUCAUGAAGGUGGAAUACGACUUCCUCUCCCCAUAUCUGUCACCAAAAGAUACUCCCCUUCGGCACAUCUUCUUUGGCAAAGGCUCCCACACCCUGCAGAGUCUGCUGGAGAACCUACAGCUGCUGAAGAACAGCAAGAGCAGUGUGAAUGUGAAUCUACUCAAAGAGCAGCUGGCCCUGGCAACCUGGACCAUCAAAGGGGCUGCCAAUGCCAUAGUAGGGGAUAUCUGGGAUACAGACAAUGAGUUUUAGACACAGCAAGCACCUGGCUAAGGUACAGAAUUAUGGAAACCCACUUUCUAACAUGGCAUUAUAUUUCUGUAG